AUUAAACCUGGUAAUCUGUGAGCUGCAUGAACGCCGCCCUAAAGCCCCAACACGUUGAUUUAUUUCCUUGAAAACUCGGUGCGUAAUGCACCGUCAGAAGCAGCAGGCUAAGGCUGUAAGCUCAGGUGAUUGGCGGUUGUUUGGCAGGUAUCUAUCGAAGCUGUCAUUUCCGGCCGGGACAAGUACCUUACCCUCUCCAUCAGCUUACUGCUACACCUCUCCCGACGGUUAUGCACUCGACGAAGACUUUCAGAUACCAUCUCUCCAUUGAUCCAAAUGCCGCACGCUGACAUGAGCAUUUCAUCGACCGUGUCUCUUCGGAACACGGAGAGCCGAAUGCCUAUUCUAGGCUAUGGCGUAUACCAAAUCAGCGAAGCCGAUUGCACUCGAGCAUGCCUCCACGCCCUCUCCGCCGGGUACCGGCACAUUGACAUUGCUCAGCUUUACAAAAACGAAGAAGCGGUUGGCGCUGCACUGCAGCAGUCCGGCCUUCUCCGCGAGGAGAUAUUUGUUACAACUAAAAUUCGCUAUCCUCUCGGAAAGGGAAAAUCAUACGAGCGUGCUUUGCAGAGUGUGCAUAGAAUAGACCCCCGUCCAGAGGGUUAUGUCGAUCUGUUCCUCAUACACUCGCCGCAUGUUCUCAAACCCAAAGAUCGAAGGGAACUCUGGACCGCACUGGAGAAGCUGUACGAGAACGGACGGGCUCGAGCGAUUGGGGUCAGUAAUUAUGCACCUGAGCAUCUUGAAGAGAUGAGGAGUUAUGCUACGAUUUGGCCGCCGGCUGUGAACCAGAUCUUGUUGCAUCCAUGGACACAGCAGCGUGAAACGGUAGAUUAUUGCCGUGAGCACGGCAUAGUGCUCCAGGCUUUCAGCCCACUAGCGAGAGGGACCGGGCUCCAGGACCCAACAGUGGCUGAAAUUGCAGUGAGGGUCGGGAAAUCUGUGGCCCAGGUUCUGAUCCGUUACUCUCUUCAAAAAGGCUGGGUGCCGUUGCCCAAAAGCGAGAAAGAGGAACGAAUCAAGCAAAAUGCAGACGUCUUUGAUUUCAAUCUCUCAGAGAGCGACAUGGCGUUGCUCAACAGCCUCGACCGCGGGGGAAAACCACGUUUUGAGUAGCCGACUUAUAACAGCUAGAUUACGUUCAAGAGUGGGCUCUGUACGAUUUGGUAUUCAUGUAGAGUCUGCAUAUGAUGUUAGGGUUCAAAUGUACUAUUGCUAGUAGUCUAUAUUCCACG